CGGUCAGACAGUGAUCGGCAAAUACUCGGACGGUAUGUUCUACCGAGCGCUAGUACUGCGCACCAAAGUCAAGGAGAACAGAUAUCUCAUCGAGUAUAUUGAGUAUGGUAACACAGAAGUAUCAAACCUGGAAAACCUAUACCCUUGUCCCUUGGAGCUGAGCGUUCAGCGCGAGCCGAGCCUCGUAUCCGCCGUCAAGCUAGCCGACCGCGCGGAGCUGUCUGCCGCCGCCCGCGCACUGCUCGACCAGCUCAAGAACCACGAGGAGCUGCUGCUGGUGAGUACUGUGUCACCAGUAGCCCACCAGUGUGACAGCCACGAGCCUCGUGUCCGCCGUCAAGCUAGCCGACCGCGCGGAGCUGUCUGCCGCCGCCCGCGCACUGCUCGACCAGCUCAAGAACCACGAGGAGCUGCUGCUGGUGAGUACAGUCACCAGUAGCCCACCAGUGUGACAGCCACGAGCCUCGUGUCCGCCGUCAAGCUAGCCGACCGCGCGGAGCUGUCUGCCGCCGCCCGCGCACUGCUCGACCAGCUCAAGAACCACGAGGAGCU